AUGGUGGUAGCUGGCGGGGUAUCUUGGGGGCCCCCUGAGGGGGCCCCAGGGGCCCCCAUAAAAGAAGAUGUAGAAGAGGGGGCCCCUGAAGGGCUGAAGCCACGACGAGAGUCAUCUGUGGUUGAGGGGGCGGGGGAGGAGCCGCUGAUGGGUGUGUGGGGGGCCCCCCCCUCCUGGGUAUGCGCGGAUGCCUGGGGGCCCCUAGAGGUCGGGGGGCCCCCCGGGGGCCCCCCUGAUGGCGUUACCAUGGAGGGGGAGGGGGGGUACUGA